AUGAACCCUAUUCCACAAUUCCAACAAGUAUUAUCCAGACAAGCAGUCGUCACAAGCUUCCGCAAGGCCAUCGUUGUUUCCCCGGCGAGUUGUUGUUCUGUAGUAGGAGCGUCCUCGUCCUACUGGUCAGCCGCCAGGGAACAAAUGCCCAAAGAGAAGGAGCAGGAGGAGGAGCAGGAUCAUUACGAGAAGAAUGGUCACUUGCUGGUCGAUCAUUUGAAUUACAUUCACAACAUGCUGGAUCAUACGAUAAAGAUGGAGAAUACACUUGAAAGAUUGAAUUCGACCAAUGCCAAAAAGCAUUUGGCCUACAAGACACGUGCUGCAAACAAGGACGACGAGCUCCUCGAUGUCUUGUCACGACAAGCUGCUGCUGAGAAGGAAGAACUCACGAAACAGCUUGGGGACUUGAAGAAUAUGAUGAAACGAGUCCAAAACGAAACAGCUUACUAUGCUGUAAAUGGUGGUGCUGGUGAUGGUGUGUCCGACACAGAACGCUUCGUCAACGAUAAAGAAGAAGCCGAAGAUGUUGAUCGGAUUAUUGACUAUGCCUCCAAUUUGGAGGAUACUAAAGUGGUCGAGCGGAAGCACAAGUUGUAG